CAUUACUCGUUCGUGAUGGAUGAUAGUGACAUAGUUAUACUUGAUUUACCUGAGCAAAGGUCGAUGAAGUUAUUGUUUUCGGAAGACAGUGGGGUGAAUCAAUCCUAUGAGGCAAAAGCUCUGCUAAGCCCGUUGAAGGCAAAACUAACAAAAACAGCGAAAGUACUUAACGACGAGUUUUUUGGUGUAUACUGUUUGGUCAGUAGAAGCUCUCUCAGGCAAUAUAAGAAUCGGUGUUAUAUCGGUUUCACUGUGGAUCCAAAUCGACGUAUCCGACAGCAUAAUGCAGGUCGAGAGAAAGGAGGCGCAAGAAAAACAGAUAAUCGCGGGCCAUGGGAUAUGGUUUGUAUCAUCCACGACUUUCCAAACAGUAUUGCGGCUCUACGUUUCGAAUGGGCAUGGCAGAAUCCGGAUAAAUCACGUGUCAUUAAAGGUCUUAUUCCGAAAAAGACCAGGAAAGAGACGCCAUUUGCUUACAGGCUACGUAUUGCAUGUCAUUUGAUGAAUACUCGACCUUGGAAUAGUUUCGCACUAACAUUUCGCUGGUUACUACCGCUGGAAGAGCAGCCGUUUCCCGAGGAAGUUCCUCUUCCUCCACAUGUUCGCAAAAAGUACGGAUUGAUUGAAAAGUCAACCUGCCAGGUUCCGUUGGAGAGGGACUGUUAUGUUGAGAAAGGAAACUGUCGUCUCUGUGGCGAAGGAAUUCAUACGCUCAGUCAGCUUGUCCGAUGUCCUUCUGUCCUUUGUGCCGCACAUUAUCAUACGAGAUGCUUAGCUUUGGAUGGUUUAGAUGGUGAGCGGCAGCUGCUGUAUCCAGUUAAGGGCUAUUGUCCACAAUGUUCUCGAGCUUACCUGUGGGGUGACAUAAUCAAAGAUCAACGUAUGAUUAUACGUGUCGACGAAGCUCAGAAUAACGAUUUCCUUAAAGGUUUAGUUCCAAGGCUACUUAAUUAG